AUGGCUUCAGAUUUCGACUUGAAUGUUGCUUGGUGUCCAGAGUAUCUUGGCCUUGAUGAUGAGGAGCAUGACUUUCCAGCUCACAAUGUGCAAGGGGACUUUGAUCUUAACUUGUUGCCACAUGAAGAUGAGUCAAGCUUCAUUCAAGAAACUGAAGUGUUGGAACACCAAGCCAACGAUAACACGUUGGUUGCAGUCAAUCAUCACAAGCGCAGCAGACUCAGCAGUGAGGACAAGCUUCAAAUAUUGUGUUGGCUCCUCAAUAAAGCAAAGGCAUGUAAACUGAAAAGGGGCUCAAUCACAGAAGCAUCACAUUUAUUUAACUUAUCAGUUAGAUGCAUUAGCAACAUUUGGAACACAGCCAGAAAACAGAGUUCAUCCAUGCAAAGGUAUAAUGUCUCAACUAAAUUCCAUUUUUCUGGAAGAAAGAGAAUUCAAGUUCAAUUAGAUGAAAUUACAAAACUGAAAAUGGGAGAGAGGUCAUGUAUUAGAGACUUGGCAACAAUGCUUAACAUGAGUAAAAGCACGGUUCAUAGAAUGAUAAAAAGGGGACUAAUAAAACCACACACUAAUUCACUUCAUCCGGGAUUAAAAGAACCAAACAAAAUUGAAAGACUGAAAUGGGUUUUCAGUUUAUUAAUGGGAAACACACCAGCAACCAUGAGAGAGUACUACCCCAUGUAUGAUAUCGUCCACUUGGAUGAGAAAUGGUUUUAUCUAACUACCAAAUCACAAAGGGUCUAUUUGGCAAAUAAUGAAAGGGGUAGAUACAGGGCAGCAAGUUCCAGCAAGUUCAUUCCAAAGGUGAUGUUCACAGCAUGUGUAGCAAGACCAAGGUACAACUCAGCAGGGGAAUGCACAUUUGAUGGGAAGAUUGGAAUCUUCCCAUUCACAUACCAAGAGCCAGCAAAGAGAACUUCAAAAAACAGAGAAAAGGGAACCAUGAUAACCAAAGUGGUUGAGAGUGUCAACCAAAAGGUAACAAGGGACAUGCUGAUUAAUGAAAUAAUUCCAGCCAUAAAGGAGAAAUGGCCAAGAGAUGGAGGUCCAACAACCAUUUUCAUACAACAAGAUAACGCUAAGGCACACAUCACUCAUGAAGAUCCUGAAUGGCAGUUAAUUCAUGAACAAGAUGGGUUCAAAUUUAUUUUAAUUCAACAGCCUCCUAACAGUCCUAAUUUAAACAUCCUUGAUCUUGGUUUUUUCAGAAGCAUUCAAUCGUUAAUGCAUAAAAAAAUGCCAGCAGAUAUAGACAAGCUGCUUGAAGCCGUGAACCAAGCAUUUUAUGAAUUGGAUCCCAAGACUUUAAGCAAUGUGUGGUUGUCAUUACAAUAUGUAAUGAAUGAAAUCCUCAAGGUUGGUGGUGGCAAUGAUUAUGAUUUGCCUCAUGUUAAUAAGAAGAAAUUGGAAAAACAAGGAGUUCUAAGUGAUCAGGUCAAAACACUAUGUGGGCAGUUAUGGACGCUUGGGAUAAAGUCCAUGGACAAGCAUCAACAUCACAGCAACCAUGAGCAACAAAACAGAACAACUGAAGGGGAAUGA